AUGGCUUCAUCGGUGCAAAACAAUCGAGUAUCAUCUCCUGGAUAUUGUGUGUGUUGUAGAACGUGCAAUAUGUGGUGUUGGAGAGCUUUUAAAUGGCUCCCAGUAUUGUUAAUAGUGUCUAUUAUAACUUGGUCUUAUUAUGCCUACGUUAUCCAAUUGUGCAUUUUUACCAUUGAGAGUACGGUUCAACAGUGUAUCUAUUUGGUGUUAUAUCAUAUUCUUCUGAUUAUGUUCGCGUGGUCGUAUUGGCGGACUAUUUUUGCAGAAAUCAAACCAAUUCCUGACACGUUUAAAUUACCAGAGGCUGAAUUAGAAAAAUUAUUGAGCGCAGAAACCGAAGAUGCGCAGCGGUCUAUAUUGGAUAACUAUGCCAAAGACCUCCCCAUAGUUACCAGAACGAUGUCCGGAUCGGUUCGCUACUGCAACCGGUGCGUACUGAUCAAGCCGGAUCGCGCGCACCACUGCAGUAUAUGCGCCCGCUGCGUGCUCAAGAUGGACCACCACUGCCCGUGGGUCAACAACUGCGUCUGUUUCUUCAACUACAAGUUUUUCAUGCUCUUCCUCGGCUAUGCUCUCUUUUACUGUAUAUUCAUCAUGGCCACGUGUCUACCUUACUUCAUUAAGUUCUGGAAGGGCGACUUUGGCGCAGCGGCGAGUGCGGGGCGCUACCACAUAGUAUUCGCGUUCUUCGUCGCUCUCAUGUUUGCCAUAUCGCUGGGAUCACUCUUCGGUUACCAUUGUUACCUCGUUAUCAAUAAUAGGACUACUCUAGAGGCGUUUAGGGCGCCUAUGUUCCGCGGAGGCGCUGACAAAAACGGCUUCUCUAUAGGAGUCUUCAACAACUUCAAAGAAGUCUUCGGGAACAGCCCUAACCUCUGGCUGGUACCAGUGUUCACUAGCUUCGGGGACGGCAUCGUGUAUCCUGUACCAAAUGAAGAGGAGGAAUCGGAGUCUCUGCUGAGUUCCGAGCGAUGGGAGCGAUGGGGCGAGAGGGCGCGACCCUUCGAUGAACGAGAGAGCUCCUCAUUCGAUGAACUAUGA